GUCACUCAGGAAAACAUGGCGUCGUCUCACCCUCCGAAACUCCAACUCAAACACCCGGACUUUGAGUACCUCGACGUGAACACCAAACCGUUUCACGUCGGCUCCUUCAGACACGAGUGGCUGAACAGACUGAAGCCGAGCGACUACUCCUACCGGCGGGAAGACGACGACACGUUUGACGCCAACUUUAUGAAGGAGAUGGGAGUCGGUGCGGAGACCAUGGCUGAACUGAAGUCCAUCUGCAGUCCUGAUUCACCCGUUGCCAUCCUGAGGGUCAGCAGCCUGAUACAGAACUGUACCUCCAGAACCGAUGCUCCAAACACAAUGUACGACCCUCCUCAUACAAAGAAAAAGAGACAAGACCACAGAGCUAAUCAGAAAAUCAGCAAGAAUAGGCACGACCUCUACGCAGAUGAACUGGAGCGUUUAAUCGUUGGCAGGAAACCAGAAAGCACAGCUGACAUCAUCCCUGAAGGAGAGAUCGUUCUAACCAUCAACGCUACUACCGAUCAUUCUGAAAGACACCUCCAGCCCACAUGAGUCUGUGAGACGGGCUCCCACAGUUUGGCAGAGUUAAGAGACGCCAUCUGCUGUGUCAGCGACUUGCAAGUGUGCGGAGAGUUCAAAACGCCGGACUUAGCUCCAGACUUCAUCAGCAAAGUAAACAAGCGAUCUUUAAGUCACGUUCUUUUUCUUCGAGGGAGUUUCUAUAACGAAAUGCGAUUCCAAUGUCAGGACAUCAGCAAGACUACCAUUGAAUGGGCAAAGGCUCGCAACUACCCAGCCUACACCCAGGCAAAGAUGGAGGACAACACGAUUCGGGAUCUGACGAUUAAAGUGGGCUUCCCGUACCUCUACUGUCACCAGGGAGACUGCGAACAUCUCGUCAUCAUCACAGACAUCAGUCAGGCUGUUUCUGUCUCACUCGGGGAUCCAGCUUCUCAAGACCCACCGAGCCUUUUACUGAAAGAUGGUUUACGACCAACGACCAGUAUGCCCCGAGUGACCCGUGUCCCUUCUGUGACAAGUGCUUCAGGCGCUGCACUACGCACUGCAGGCAAAAAGCUGGGAGAGUUCCUGGCCUAUCCAUACGUGGACCAGGAACUGGAGUGGGAGAUCCCAGUUGGUCAGCCCAGUAUGGACAACAGUUGUUAUGAGUACAGCAGCAAAUUAUUCUUCGUUUCUUCAAGGAUGCAGGACUCUCAAGUGGACUCUUCCUGA